AUGACGCAGCAGAGGGCGGGCGCGACGACCAGAGUCGCCGGUCGCCACUAUCAGACGAGCAGCUCAGCUACGAGAGGCCGGCGGAUCAUGGCGACCCCCGAGCCCAAGCCGGAUGCGACGCAGCAGGCGGCAACUGAGGAGCAGCAGCAACCCGUAGCGGUGCAAGCGGAAGAGGCGAAGACGACGGCAAAGGAGGAGGUCGAGGUCGAGGCGGCGCAGGAGAUGGCGGCGGCCGUUGAGGUGGACGAGUCGGUGGCUGCAACGCGCGGCAGCUCCGUGGACGGGGAGAGCGUCAGGACGGAGGACUUUGCCGGCGAGGAGGCGGAGGAGGAGGAGGAGAGCAGCAAGGCGGCAGAGGUGGAUCUGGCUGAGCUGGCGGCCUUGGACAAGCAGCAGCAGGAGGAGCAGGAGCAAGAGAGCAAGGCUGUAACGGCGACGGAGACGGUGGAGGAGGAGGAGGCUGCUGCCAUUUCUGAAGAGACGACGGCCAGGGCGGAGGUUUCUGAGGUGGAGACGAGCUCGGCAGUGGACGACGCCUCGGAGAUGGACUUCUCCGUUGCGGCUACGAUCGGCAGCUCCGUGGACGCCGACAGCGUGUUAAGCCUUGAAGACAUGCGCGAGUCGGACUCGGAGGCUGCCGAGACGAACGGUGCGAACGACAGCACCGCUACGUCCGACAAGAAGGAGACGACGGAGGUCUCUGAGACCACCGUCAGCACUGAAGAGGUGGUGGCUGCUGCAGCUGAAGCUGUUGCUGUGAGCAAUGAGGUGACGGUGAAGGAAGACGUGCAGGCUGAGGAGAUGUCGAAGGAGUCGACGAUCACGGAGGUCAAGGCUGCGACGGCGGAGGUGGAGGCGGACGCGGAGUCGGAGGAGCCCGACUCGGAGAAGACGCCGCCGAAGAAGUUCUCGUCCAUGAUCUCGCGCUUCGCUGACCGAGUCGUGUCCAACAAGACGGGCGCGCACCGCACCGACUCGGCGGCGCAGCUGGAGCUCAACCCUCCUUCGCCGGUCAAGAACAUGGUGAAGCAGCUGGAAGUGCACGAAGAGGCCCCCCCGAAGACCCACCGCACCCCGUCGGCUGCUCAGCUGGACCUCAGCGGUGUGUCGCCCGUGAAGAAUGUGGUGAACCGCCUGGAAGCGCACCAGGAAGAGGAGAACCCGUUGGAGAAUCUCAAGGUCCGGACUAAGCGCGACUUCUUCUCCGAGAAACAGCGCAGCAUCUCCGUGAGCCAGGAGAGGGAGAAGUACAACGCGCAGAUCGCGCAGCGCGCCAAGGAGGAGACUGAAGCCAAGUCUCCCGCUAAGCCUGUGACCAAGAAGAGCUCAGCCAUGUCAAGCGUCCGCAACAUGGCCAGCCGCUUCGAGAAGAAGGCGGAGCAGUCUCUGGACAACCUGUCGUUCCGUACGGUGCGCAGCUUCUUUCCGACGGAGAAGAGCGUUCGCGUUGGCGCUGAGAAGGAGAAGUACGAGCAACUGGAGAAGGAGAAGCAAGCCAAGGAAGCUGAAGAGAAGCUGGCCAAGGAAUCUGCGGCGGAUGCGUUUACUACCCCGACCAAGACGGUUCACGCCCGACGAUACACGACCACUGAAGCUGAAAGCCCGAAUGUACGCGGAAUCGCGCACCGGUUUGAAACGCGCGCGAACUCUGUUGUUGCGGCCCCCGUCCGCACUAUCGACUCUUUCAUCGUUGCGGACAGCGAAGCGAGCGUCCGUGUGGCCGCAGAGAAGGCGAAGUUCGAGAACCACGCUAACACGUCCACCCCUACCAAGCGGACGAUCGAUACCUUCAUCAUCGCCGACAGUGAGGCGAGCGUCCGCGUGGCUGCGGAGAAGGCGAAGUUCGAGAACCAGGUCAAGACGUCCGCCCCUGCCAAGCGCACCAUUGAUACAUUCAUCGUCGCUGACAGCGAGGCGAGCGUCCGCGUGGCUGCCGAGAAGGCGAAGUUCGAAAAGCCUGUGACGUCGGCCCCCGCUAAACGAACCAUCGAUACCUUCAUCGUCGCUGACAGUGAGGCGAGCGUGCGCGUCUCCGCGGAGAAGGCGAAGUUUGAGGCCUUGGAGAAACAAGUUUUGACGGCGGCCCCAAGCGUGCGAACGAUUGACACUUUCAUUGUUCCUGAGAGCGAAGCGAGCGUGCGCGUGUCUGCUGAAAAGGCCAAGUUUGAGACGCCAGAGAAGCAAGCCAAGGCGACUGUGCGGACGAUUGACACUUUCAUCGUGCCAGAGAGCGAAGCUAGUGUUCGCGUGUCUGCGGAGAAGGCUAAGUUUGAGACGCCGGAGAAGCAAGUGAAGGCGGCCGUGCGGACCAUUGACACCUUCAUCGUGCCGGAGAGCGAGGCAAGCGUGCGCGUGUCUGCUGAGAAGGCAAAGUUCGAGUCGAAGGAGAAGCAAAGUGCUGGCCCCGCUGUGAGAACCAUUGACACCUUCAUCGUUGCUGACAGCGAAGCCAGUGUUCGUGUGUCCGCCGAGAAGGCGAAGUUUGAGUCGCUGGAGAAGCUGGUUAAGGCGACCGUCCGAACCAUUGACACCUUCAUCGUGCCGGAGAACGAAGCAAGCGUGCGUGUGUCAGCCGAGAAGGAAAAGUUUGAGACGCCGGAGAAGCUGGUUAAGGCGGCAGUGCGAACCAUUGACACUUUCAUUGUGCCGGAGAAUGAAGCCAGCGUCCGUGUAUCAGCUGAGAAGGAAAAGUUUGAGUCGCUGGACAAGCAGAACGUGGGCCCCGCUGUGCGGGCCAUCGACACCUUCAUCGUACCGGAGAGCGAGGUUAGCAUCCGCGUCGCGGCUGAGAAGGCGAAACUGGAGGCUCUAGAAAAGCAGAAGCUGAAGGAGCUGGAGGCGCAGGCGGCGAUCGAAAAGCAGAAACUUGAGCGGGCGCAGCUGCUGGCUGCCGCUGAGAAGGCGAAGUUGGAGAAGGCUAGCGAGGCCGAGGUGACCAAGCAGACUAACGUUGUGACGGAGACCGAGUCGAUUGAGCAGACCGAGGCCGUGACAGAGGUGGCUGAGCAGGCUCAAGUGGUGACGGAGACGGAGAUUGUCGAGCAGGCCAAAGUCGUGACGGAGACCGAGCAGGCCGAAGUGGCGGAGGUGACCGAUAACGAUGUUGCCGAGCAAGCCCAAGUAGUGACGGAUUCCGAAGUAGCCGGGAAUGCUGAAGAUAGCGAGGUGAUCGACCAGUCCAAAGUCGCGACGGAAACCAAAGUGGUCGAGCAGGCCAAAGUGGUGACUGAGACCGUGGUGGCCGAGCAGGCCGAAGUGGCGACGAAGUUUGAGGUUGCUGAGCAAGACAAAGUGGUGACGGAGGCCAACGUGGUCGAGCAGAUUGAGGCUGCGACAUCAACUGAAGUUGUCGAGAAUGCCCAAGCCGAGCAGGCCGAGUCCGUGACGGAGACCGAGAGCAACGUCACCGUCGAGGCAGCACCUGUGACGGAGACCAAAGUAGAGGAAUCCGAGCAGACCAAAGUUGUCGAGGAAGUCCAAUCGGUGACUAAGUCCGAAGUUAUCGAGCAGGCCAAUGUGGUAACUGAGACCGAAGAGGCCGAGCAGGCCAAAGUGGCGACGACGACCGAGGCUGCUGAGCAGAGCGAACAAGUGACGGAGACCGACGUCGUCGAGCCAACCGAGGCCGUGGCAGAAAUCAAAGUUGUCGAGAGUGCUGAAGCCGAGCAGGCCAAAGUGGUGACUGAGGCUGAAGUGGCGGAGCAGGACGAAGCCGUGACGGAGACCGUCCCUAUCAAGGAGUCCGACAAAGGCGAGGUCGAAGUAGUUCAGCAGACUGAAGACGCCAAGCAGGCCGAGGAAGAGGAUGUGGCCAUCGAGUCCGAGCAGGCCAAAGUAGAGGUGACCGAAGUAGUGCAGCAGACCGAGCAGGUGACGAGCACGGAGGAGGUGAAGCAGUCCGAGGUAGUGACCACGACCGAGGUGGUCCACGAGACCAAGCAAGUUAGGGUGACAGAGGAGGAGGAAUUAGAAGUAGUGCAGGACGCCGAGGUGUCCGAAGUAGUGCAGGAGACCACCGAGCAGGUGACGACGACCGAGGUGAAGCAGACCGAGGCGGCGACGACGACGACAACCACGACGACCGAAGUAGUCCAGACGGUCGAAGAAACCAAGGUCGAGAACGACACCGCCAUCGAGCGAAUGCAGUACGCCCCGGACCUGACCAUCCCGGUGGUGGAAGUCACGGUGGAGCACCAGACGUUCGCGGACGUGGUGUCGACGGCGCAGCACGUGCACUGGCUGUCGAUGCCCCCGAGUGCCAGCCCCGCCCUCGCGCGCCUCCACACGGUGCUGAACGACCAGGACCCAUUGACGGCGUACGCUCUGUACCCGCCGCCGUCCCCCACGUCUCAGGACGGCGAGGAGGAGCUGCCGCUGCCCCACAUCCCGACGUCGGACCCCCCGGCGCCAGUGAAUGCCGAGACGCCGCCGUAA